UUCAUUUCUAAAGUUCGUUCAAAAUGAUUUGCAAUGCAGCUGUGGAAAUUAGUUACCAUCUCCUGGGUAGGAGCUAAUUUAGCUAACUAGCCUGAUAGGUCUGCAUUAUUGUUAGCUGAGUUAUCAUUGGGCUAGCUAGCUUAACCACCUCUGUAUAAUGACAGCGAACGGCUCGAUCGUGUCUUCCAGUUAGAUUUGUCUUUAUGAAGUGCCAGAUUGUCUGAUUAGAAUUAGCUUUAGCUAACAUAGCGGCUCCUGGUUCAUAACACCAACUGGCUAGCGGCGCUUGCUAAGUUGGCUUCUUUCGGUGUUUGGUUAUUAUAGUCGUGAAUCUGGGCUAGUUGUUGUGCAAUAUACUAUUUUUAUUUAUUUACUUCUUACAUGAAUAAAUUCAUUUUGCUUCAUGGUAACAAUGACAUUUCUCUGUGUAUUUAAGGAGAUCUACACUUGAUAAGACCCAUGACACAUGAUAAGAAAAACGUCCUGAAUGCUUAGCGAUAUUCGGAUGUUUCUAAUAAAAAUCUAAUUCGGAUAAAUCUAAAUGACUCCAUUUUAGAGACACAUAAAAAAAGAAAAAUACGGUAAAAACAACCCUCUCGUUACUGUAUGAUGAGGUUAUGGCUAAGGGCACAGGAAGUACUUUGCUAACAGGGUCUCCAUGUGAUUAGAUACGAGAAAACGGGUUUAUUGUAACAUAUCCACAGGAGACCCAAGACACCAGGGCUGUUAUUUAAUAAUAAUAGUAUCACUUAUUAAUGUCCACAGGUGCUAAUCAGGGUGACGUUCAGCAGUUAACCCUUGAUAGUAGGCGGAGUUGUUUGUUGAUGCUAACCAGUCUCUUGGCUAACUAGUUUCUUGGCUAACUAGUCGUGCUUUGGUUACUUAAGCAAAGUUUAUUCGUCCUUAAGAAGCUAAAACUGAGUUUGUGACGCUUCUGCAGUUAGAAGUUUGAUGCCGAUUGGGCUGGAUUGAAAAAUGCGCCCAAAACACAAAGGGCCUUUCAGAACUGCUGUACAUUAAUCAAAGGGACGCAGGAGUGGCUGCGCAAUGUGACAGGAUGCUGAACCAUCACUUCAGAAGGAACCCGGACCUGCAGGAGGAGCUGCAGAUCCAGGCAGCGGUGGCAGCCGGCGAUGUCUACACCGUGCGCAAGAUGCUGGAGCAGGGCUACUCGCCCAAGAUCAGGGACGCCAACGGAUGGACACUGCUGCAUUUCUCCGCCGCCAAGGGCAAGGAGCGCUGCGUCCGUGUCUUCCUCGAGCAUGGAGCGGACCCAACAGUAAAGGACUUCAUUGGCGGUUUCACGGCGCUGCACUACGCCGCCAUGCACGGACGCGCACGCAUUGCUCGCCUUAUGCUGGAAUCAGAGCAUCGUGGCGACAUCAUCAAUGCCAAGAGCAACGACGGCUGGACGCCACUGCACGUGGCUGCACACUACGGCCGUGACUCCUUUGUGCGCCUGCUCUUGGAGUUCCAUGCUGAUGUAGACCCACUGAGCGACAAGGGCACUACACCACUGCAGCUGGCCAUCAUCCGAGAGCGCUCGAGCUGCGUGCGGCUGCUGCUUGACCACCACGCCAACAUCGACGUGCAGAACGGCUUCCUGCUGCGCUACGCUGUCAUCAAGGGCAACCACGCGUACUGCCGCAUGUUCCUUCAGCGUGGCGCAGACACCAACCUCGGGCGCGUGGAGGACGGUCAGACACCGCUUCACCUCUCGGCUCUGCGUGACGACGUGCUCUGUGCACAGCUUCUCUACGCCUAUGGAGCUGACACAAACACGCGCAAUUACGAGGGCCAGACGCCCGCAGCUGUCUCAGCCAGCAUGUCCCGCGCCAGCCGGCCCUGCCUCGACUUCCUGCAGGAGGUUACACGCCAACCCAGGACAUUGCAGGACCUGUGUCGGAUAAAGAUUCGUCAGUGCAUAGGCCUUCAAAGCUUAAAGUUCCUGGAGGACUUGCCUAUUGCCAAGGUGAUGAAGGACUACUUAAAACACAAGUUUGACAAUGUCUGACAGAGGCUUGGAAAUCUCCAGGCAUCAGCACAGGAACAGAUUCUCUAGCAAAGACUAUGCAACCUCUCAUUUUCCUUUCUGUUCUUAACGUCGGGCAGCGGAUUGUUUUCUACAACCAAGCGUGAUGUUUUUCUGUCAUUUAAUCUGGAAAUAUAGCCAAGCUACCUGUCAUGGACACUGAACCCCAGCUUGUGUUCAUCAUUUGAUUAUUGACCCAGGAAAGGAAAAAGAAUUACAACAUAUUUUAUUUGAACAAUCCAGUCCUAGUAUUAGGUUGGAAUUAAGGGUGAUAUCAAAAGCUGAUGUUAUGAUGAGCUUAUAUCAACCCAAUAUCGUGGCUUUUGGUAUGUUAUUACAUAUAAUUAAAUUAUUUGAAUAUGGAAAUUGAUGCAAGUUUUUUUUUUAUUAUUCAAGCUCAUAGUUUGUAGUUCUCAAAACAAUUUCAAAAUACUAAUUUACCUAUACAUCUUUCAUAUUCACUUAUUCAUUUUUUUGUGAUCAGCAAAACAUUUUAUGCAUCAAUCGCAAAACAUUAAUGGUAUAACUAUCAGAUUUUCUUAUCAUGAUACACAGAUACCAAUAAAUCAUCACACUCCUAGUUUCAAGUAUACCUGUACAAUAGAUAAACAAACAAUCCCUUUUAUACUAACUUACUGACUUUUUUUGUUUAAGAUGUGUGGAAUUUGACGUUUCAUACAAAAUGAAGUCAAUUGUGCACCUUCUUCCACUCGACUAUUACCAAUUCAGCACGUUUUGAAGGUGCACAGAGUUAGUUGUCACGUUAAAUACAAAAUAUUUGACUUGUGAAACAAGCAUUAAAACUGUGAUUUGAACUUUUCUUCAGUUUUCCCACUUGAAGUUUUGGUUUCCUCAUGCGGAACUCAUUAACAAGGACUACACUAUGUAUAUAAUUGUGUCAUAUGUACAGCAGAUAUUUUUCUAGAAUUAUUUAAGCUAUGAACUCUUGUAUCAUAAAGUGUUUAGGAUUUUUGUUGAAUGGUCGUGCGGCUUUUUUUUUUUUUUUUUAAGUCUUAAUAUUUUUUGUUUGUUACAUUUUUAGAAUUGAAACACAUUGACAAACUAAUUGGGAGCAAUUAGUGAAAUUGUGGAAAUAUAGUUAAAAUUUUUCCCUCUAUCAGAUUUAUAUCUAAGAGUUUUUUGGAAGUUGGCACAUGGCAAAAAAAAAAAAAAAAGUUCUACGCUCACUGUUCAAGGCCCACAGCAUUUAGUCGUGCCUUCACUUGGGUGGAUUCUUGGGUUCCUCAACAACAUGCACAUUUUCUCUGGUGUGUUACUUGUUAUUAAAUUAAGUUGACUAGUUUUUGUAAGAAACACCAGUAUAAUCUAGUAACGUAUUUAUUUUGUUCAUUUCUUACAUCUUUAGUCCGAUUAAAAAGUAUGCAUUGUCCCACCUGUAUUGAGUAGGCACAUGCCUAUAAUUGGUUAUACAAUACUGUGCAAUAUUAAUAUUGUUGACAGGUCAAACUAUUGUAGUUCUUUUCACAAGGUUGUCCAUUCAUCUAUUUGGAAGCCAGUCCCUAAUAAAUCUCCUUAUUGAUGACAUAUUUAAAGGAGCAUUGAACAUGGACGUUCUUUCAAAUUCAAAGGGUGAUACGAUUGUAAAUCAGGAUGAAAGGUUAGGCAAAGGAUGUGGAAAUUUAAAGUGAAGUGUAUAUGGCUGGAUGAUGUGUUUAUUUUUAUUCAGCUACACACUAAUAAAAUGGCGGUGUAUUUGUUAAAAUAGAGGUUAUUGUAUUCUUUCAAUGUUGCAGGGCUGAACUGAAAUUUCCUCACUUAAGCACAGGUGAGCUGGUCAUCUGCAUCUAAAUCCAGGAAUAAAGAAGAAUUGGACUUUUUCUGUAUCUUCAGGUUUUCAUAGUUUCAGUAAAGUCCGACUCCACUUUAAAAAACAGCAGUGUUUUCUCUGAAAUUUUGUUUACAGUAUGUGUGUGUGUGUGUGUGUGUGUGUGUGUGUGUGUAUUUGGUUUUGAAGCGCUGAUGUGUUUUCAGAAAGCACUUAUUCCGGAUUCAAAUCGUCUCGACGUCUUCCACGCCGUUCACCACAACAACUACUGAAUGUAUAUAAACUGCUGUUUGCCUAGCCCAAAAUGAAUUGUGUGAAUAAAUGAUUAUCACAAUGUCCUUGUUUAUUUUUUAAGCAUUAGUAUCUGUGUUCUGGUUGUUCAUUUGCAUCCAUUUUUGACUGCUGACAUUUUAAUAAAAGUCUGCUCAGUA